AUGGCAAAUAAAAUACUAGAUCCAAUCUUUAGAUUAUACGAUCCGAUUCGUUAUUCAUUUAACAAGAAAAAAGAGGAUUAUAUUAUCAUCUCACCCACUGUUGGUUCUAAAUCCCAAUUGAAUGAUGGUGGUAGAAUUCUCUUCGAAAUAAAUUCAUUAUCGAAUUGGUUGCUUCUUUCCGAUGCUUAUUUCAGAUGUGAUUUCAAAAUUAAAGAAGCCACUCAGAAUCAAGUUCCACAAACUAAUACAACGUUAGAAAACAAUUUCUUUCCAUCUUUAUUUAGCGAGAUGGUUUUGGAAGCUGGUUCAAAUCCGAUAGAAACAAUCAAACAUCCUGGGGAAUUCGACACAAUGUUGAAAACAGUUUUAUAUCCUAAAGAUUUCGAUUCAGUCUCAGGUUGGAUACCCGAUGUUGGUGAUGGAAGUAUUUUAAAAGAACCGGUAAGAAAUCUUGCAAAUGAUGCCGAUUUAGCUAGAGUGAGAGUUGUUGCUCGAAACACGAUAGAAAGAGUAGGACGAGCAGUUAAUCAUGGAUUCGAAAAACGAGUACUUCAGUAUAAUAAUGUUAUUGAGAAUAAUAGGUGGGCUCACCAAGAAGAUCUUUUCAAAACAGGAGUCAACAUAAGUAUUCAUAUUGAAAAAACACAAGGAGAUGUAACAGGUUAUUGUUUAUUAUUGGAAGAAGCAAAACAUUUAAUUAAAAUAGCAGAUAGAAGAAUGAUAAGAAUUGAGUAA